AUAAGAAGUUGAAAUCAUUUACCACUAAGCACCCCCCAACAUUUGGUUUAGAAAAAAACUCUCCCAAGAAAUGGAAGAACAAUGCAGCCCUCUUGGCUGGGGACAUUGCUAUCAAGAAGAGAGAAUUGAAGAGUUAAGGCAUUUGUACAGAACUUGGGAGCUGGAGGCAACGAUUUUAUCAGCUAAGGAGGAGAUCGAAAGGCGAGAAAUAGAAUUCAUCCAUCUUAAGGAUGUUUUAAAUAAGACUAUCAAAGAGAGGAAUGAAGCACAAACGCAAUGCCAAAAGCUGAUGCUGGAGAACCUUUUGCUGCAACAACAACUUCAAAAACAGCAGCAGCAACAAGAAGCUCGGGCUCAGGUGAUGUCGCGCACAUCUAGCAGCGAUGAUGAAUCAAAACCGGGCGACAUACUUAGGAAUCAAAACUUGACUUUAUCUCCCAUUACAAAUCCGGUAUUAUCAGAAUUGCCGCAAGAGGCCUUGAAUUUAGCAGCCGAUAGGCCAUUGCCGGUGAAAGGCAAAUUAUUGAAGGCAGUAAUGGAAGCAGGGCCACUUUUGCAGACUCUUCUCUUGGCGGGACCUCUCCCUCAGUGGCAGCAUCCUCCUCCGCAGCUCGACUCCGUUGAAAUACCACCGGUGGCGAUAAGUUCUUCACCUUCGCCGCGCCUUCGACACCAUCAGAGCUCUUUCAACAGUCCAACUGCCGGUUGUUUAAGCAAGAAAAGAGGUCUUGAGUUCGGUGAAAUUGGUUUUGAUUCUUCCCCAAAGUAUCAAAAAGUUGCCCCCAUUAAUUAACCAAACCCUGCAAAAAUUAUUAGCCCAUCUCUUUCAUACUGUUUGACAAUUAACUGAUGACUUUCAGCAUGAAAUGGAUGGGUUUUGCGCAUCAGUUGAUUGAUUGAGAUUCUGUAAACUACUUAAUUUUGCAUUAGGAUUAACAAUCUUUUUAAUUAUGCAUGAUUAAUGUUAAUGUGUAGCUAAUAUGAAAUGGGGUUGAAGAAAUUUUCCGCAAAAGCAAUGGAACUUCUAUCUGAGUUUUAUAAUAUCAGCUUAUUAUAUUAUGAAUUUGAACUUUUUGAUAGAUUGGGUUGAUGUAACCAAAUCUCCAAAUUCAUCAGAAGAUGUAAUUUUU